AUGGCCUCCACAGACUUGGCCAUAGGAAUCAUCAUCCUGUCACUGACUGGAAUUGGACUCUUGGGAAACUCUGCCUUCCUCUGCCAUUAUAUUCUCAGCGACAUCACUGGGAGCAGAGUGAGGCCCAUAGAUCCAAUUCUCCAAAACCUGACCUUGGCCAACUCCAUGGUGCUUCUCUUGAGAGGAGUAACUCACACAGUGAAAACUCUUCGUUUGCCUUUUUUCUUUCAUGAUGUCAUUUGUAAACUUUUCUUUUAUCUCCACAGAGUGGGCAGGGGAGUGUCCCUUGGCUCCACUUGCCUCUUGAGUAUCUUUCAGGCCAUCAUAAUCAGUCCCAGUAAUUCCAGGUGGCUGGAACUCAAGUUCAGAGCUCCCAAGUUCAUUGGUCCCUGUAUCUGCCUGUGCUGGGUCCUGCACAUGCUGGGAAAUGCCCCUAUUCCCAUGCAUAUGAUUGCCAAGCAUAGCAGAGAAAAUCUCACAGGGGAGCAGAUCUUCCCGCAUUGCACCAGUACAUACCCAGAGAGAGUAAUUCUCACUUUAAAUGCAAUCGUGUUCACCUCCAUUGAUGUCAUGUGUCUGGGACCCAUGAUUGGGGCCAGUGGCUCCAUGGUGCUUAUCCUGUUCAGGCACAAGCAGCGAGUCCAACACAUUCACAGCCCCCUGUCUUCCAGGUCAUCCCCUGAGACCAGAGCCAUCCAGAGUGUCCUCACACUGGUGAGCAUCUUUGUGUUCUUUUAUGCAAUCUCUGCUUACCUGACAAUUUAUGUAACUGCCCUUGAUAGAACCGAUGCACGGCUGGCCAAUGCCAUUGCAGGAAUGGAUGCAUGUUUCCCAACACUCUGCCCCUUUGUGCUCAUCAGCCACUACACCGCUUUCUCUAGGCUCUGCCCUGUUUGCUGA